UUACCUACCUAACCUAAUAUAUGUAUAGUCAGGUAACGUUUGAUGUUACCGAUCAACUCUAAUGCUACCUAGAUUUAUACCUCAUUAAUUCGUCCUACAGGUAUGUAAUUAAUUACCUAAAGUUGUACGUGCCGAAAACGGCGAUAUGAUAGAUAACUGCGAGAAGCAAAAAAAAAUCAGAAAUCAGAGGGCCCAUGUCUCGGGUAGUUCCGAAGAGGCAGAGAGGCUGCGGAGUUGCAAGGUAUCUCCGCGCUGACGUAGUCGGCUGAAACCUUUCCGACCUCAUAUGCUGAUGUCUACCUAUUGUAGAGUUGGCUUGUGUAAUGCGUACGGCUUGACAUGAUCUUUAAGUCACCAAUACAUAUGGCCAAAGCCGACGAAAACCAUGGCCUUCAUAUCGAACAUCAAGCGACUCCAUCGCAACAAUGUCGCAACUAUACGUAAUUCGCCGCUUGCUGAGAUAUCGGGCGCCCUCGGCGAUCUAGGUACCCUUCUGCCUCUUAUGAUCACCCUCGCGGUCAACGGCUCAAUCUCGUUAUCGACAACGCUUGUGUUUUCCGGCUUCUUCAACCUCGCAACCGGUGUCGUAUUCGGUAUUCCCCUACCGGUACAGCCUAUGAAGGCCAUCGCAGCGGCAGCCAUAGCCUCCCGCGCCUCGGAACGCGAAACCGUAGCAGCAGGCAGCGUGGUAGCUAUUAUCGUGUUGCUCCUGAGCAUUACGGGUCUAUUGCACUGGGUUACGCGUAUAAUACCCAUUCCCGUAGUCAAAGGCAUCCAGUUCGGCGCUGGUCUUUCCCUCAUCAUCUCCGCGGGUAGCUCUUUGCUUCAGCCCUUCGUCCAUAAUUGGGCUUUCGCUCUCGACAACCUCGUCUGGUCGUUAGCCGCCUUCUUGCUACUCAUAUUUACCCAGAGAGUAUCUCGGUUUCCGUACGCCCUGAUUAUAUUUGUUACCGGCCUAGUCCUUGCCAUUUUAUUCGUUACUACGAGCUCCCACCAUCUACCGCAUUUCCAUGUCUGGCACCCCUGGUUUGCACUCCCGUGGUGGAGUGCUGAUGCUAUCGGCAUGGGCAUCGCGCAGCUGCCACUGACGACGUUAAAUUCGAUCAUUGCCGCGAGUGCUCUCGCGACGGAUCUGCUACCCGAUCUGCCGACACCUAGCGUCACCGCCCUCGGCAUCAGCGUCGCUGGUAUGAAUCUCUUAGGAUGUUGGUUUGGUGCUAUGCCUGUCUGUCACGGGGCUGGGGGCCUCGCAGCGCAGUACAGAUUUGGUGCGCGGAGCGGUGCAAGCAUCAUCUUGCUAGGUCUAUUUAAGAUGAUCCUCGGUAUUGUCUUCGGUGAGACGCUGCUGGAUCUUCUAAAGGGGUUUCCGAGGAGCCUUCUGGGUAUCAUGGUCAUCGCUGCGGGUCUGGAAUUGGCAAAGGUGGGCCAGAGCCUGAACCACGGCGCCUCAGAUCUAUGGGAGUCGUCAGUAGAUCAGGAUCAACAGAAGAGGCAUAAGAACAUCUCGGACAAAGAAAGGUCAGAGAGAUGGACUGUCAUGCUCAUGACUACGGCAGGUAUACUGGCUUUCAAGAACGACGCUGUUGGGUUUGUAGCUGGAAUGCUCUGCCACUGGGCCUACAAGUUUGCGGAUUGGAUGGAGAAGAGAAGCAGUCACCUAUCGGGCGAAAGACGGCCUCUAUUACACAGUUAAAGAAUAUUAGGUAGCUAUACGACUUUCAUCAUUAAGAAUGAGAUAGCUACUUGUUUAACAAAUAUAUAACUUGGGGCCUUUUUUCCGAGGCACCGUGAUGUAAUGUAAAAUAAUUCUAGGUACCUCAUUGUUAGAGUUACUACAUCUUAGAUGAUGCUCUAAAUAUGAUUUACCUAGUAU